CGGCCACCCAUCCCAACAAAGCUUUUCUCCUCUUUUCUUCCUGAGCAACCUGUCGGCGUUGGCGCGCGAUUGUGAAUCCACCCAAGAAUGGAUAAAUGUAAGCAGCCUUGUAUUAACCAGAAGACCAACCUUGAAAAGUUCAGUCCUGAAAUUCUUUCUGAAAUUGAGAAGCUCUUUGCGAAGAAGUUUACUUACACUAAACCAGUGAAUGAUGAAUGGAAGCUGCCAGAUCCCAGCAAUGCUUUUUCAUGUGAUCAUGUGGAAUUUCACUCGCUCCUGGCUCUGAAGAACUCAAUGAAUGAAGUGAAGAACCAACUGAAUGAUAAGAACCUUGAGGAUUGGCAUCGGCACACCUCAUUUACCAAUAAAGCAGGGAAAAUAAUAUCUCAUGUGAAGAAAUCUCUGAAUGCUGAGCUCUGUACCCAGGCAUGGUGCAAAUUUCAUGAGAUCCUGUGCAGUUUUUCUCUUCUCCCAGAAGAAGCUCUUCAAGAUGGAGAACUGAAUUCUGUCCACCUCUGUGAAGCACCUGGAGCUUUUAUAGCCAGCCUUAACCACUUCUUGAAGUCCCACCAUGUCCCUUGCCACUGGAAUUGGGUAGCUAAUACCCUAAACCCUUACCAUGAAGCCAAUGACACCCUUACGAUGAUCAUGGAUGACCGUCUGAUAGCAAACACAUUACCUUGGUGGUACUUUGGCCCAGAUAACACUGGGGAUGUGAUGACAUUGAGACAUCUAACAGGGCUUCAGAGCUUUGUGAGUGGUAUGACCACAGUCCACUUGGUAACUGCUGAUGGCAGUUUUGAUUGCCAGGGAAAUCCAGGUGAGCAGGAAGCUCUGGUCUCACCCCUUCAUUACUGUGAAACAGUCACUGCUUUAAUGAUCCUGGGCACUGGGGGAUCCUUUGUUUUGAAGAUGUUCACUCUGUUUGAACACUGUUCUAUCAACCUGCUCUUUCUGCUAAACUGCUCUUUUGAGGAGGUCCAUGUCUUUAAACCAGCCACCAGCAAACCAGGAAACUCAGAAGCCUAUGUGGUUUGUCUUCGCUAUAUGGGCAGAGAAAGCCUUCAUCCGCUUCUUCCUAAGAUGAUGCAGAACUUUGGAACAGAUAUGGUCAACAAAGCCCUUUUCUCCCAGCAUGCACUACCAGAAUCAUUCCUUAAAACACAUGAAGAGUGUUGCAUAUUUUUCCACAAGUUCCAGGUAGAGACUAUCUCUGAGAACAUCCGUCUUUUUGAGCACAUGGAAGAAGCAGAGCAGACAAAACUGAACAAGUUAAGAGACUGUGCAGUAGAGUUCUUCAUGCAAAAGUUCCACAUGAAACCCAUUGGCAGAAAUAACUGGCUUGUCAAGAAAUCCCAGGCUGGUUGCAGCAUGAAUGCAAAAUGGUUUGGGCAAAGAAACAAGUAUUUUAGUACAUACAACGAAAGGAAGAUGAUGGAAACCCUGACAUGGAACGAUAAAGUUGUAAAGGGCUAUUUUAAUCACUGGGCUGAGGAACAUAGUUUAAAUAAUGCUGGGAACAUGUGCAUUCUGGAGGGAUCAUUUUCUAACCUUGAAUGUAGCUAUUGGUACAUUUUGGAAGGAAAAAGAUUGCCAAGGAUAAAGUGCUCUCCAUUUUGUGAUGUUCAGGUCUUAGAGAAUCUUAAUGAAGCUGUGAAGGAGUUGGGAGGUGGGAGCAUGAAAAGCAGAUCAGUGCUGCAGCCCUGUCACUCUUGUGAAGUUCUUCCUGGGGAGCUCAUACUGGCAAAAGUGUCUGAACUUACCAGGUGCUAUCAGGAAGAUCUAAACGAAAGUUGUAGUGACCAGUUCAAGUGCCUUGUGGUGGGCUUUCCCUCCCUCUGUGACACAGAAAGCCAGCCCAGUAUGGAAAUACAGCCCAUGGACUCAGCCACGCUGCUGACUUUCAGCUUCUCUUUGCUGUACGAUGGAGAGCCAAAGUACCAGCAGCAGCUUUUGGAGUGUGUUCUGCGUUCGUUGGCCCAGCUGGCAGCAGGAGACGCGCUGGUUCUGCCUGUUCUCUCCUGCCUGACUCGCUUCACAGCUGGCCUGGUGUUCAUCCUGCACUGCUGCUUCAGGAGCGUCACCUUCGCGUGUCCGGCCUCGCGUGAGCCGCUGGGCGCCGGCGCUGCUUUGCUGUGCGUUGGUUACCGCGGCGUCCCCGCGCCCGUGCUGGAGUACCUGCAGCACCUCGACGCACUCAUCAGCUCUUUGCUGGACGCAGACUCUCCCCAGCAGGUUCUGCAGUUCGUGCCCAUGGAGAUUCUCCUCCAGGGCAAGCUGUUGGAGUUUCUGUGGGAUUUAAACACGGCCGUUGCGAAGAGACAGCUCCACCUGAUUGUGCAAGCUCAGCAGCAGCAAAUGGCUAGUGACAUUCCGCUUUAAAAUAAUUCUAGAACUGCGUGAGUUGUUGCUGCUAGACCUUGUUUCACAGGCGGGCAGAAGGUGUUACUUUCACAUUAACAAUGUUUCUAACAUUAAUGCAAAACUGAUGUGACAUUGAGAGUGCUGGGAGGAUGUUUUUAACUAUCAGUCCUACUUGCACCAUGUUUUCUGUGUAGGAAAUAGGAGAAAAGAAAACCAGACCUUAAUUUCUGGCUGCUGAGAUGAGUGUUUUAGGAUGCAGAGUAACAUAGAAUCCUUGAUUCCCUGGAAAUAAGGGCUCCAUGGAAGUGGAGUGAGCAUAAGCCUCAUAGCCUUCUAUUGUCAUCCUUAAAAACUGUCUUUUGGCAUCCCUUUAAUUUACAGUUGGCUUAAUUCUUAAUGGUGAUGUGAGGGACAUCCUGUGUAACUGGCCUUACCAUUUUGGAUGGUAUGAAAUGGUGGUGGUUGUGGGUACAUGUCCCCAUUUACCAUUCUUAAACAAGAGCCUCUGAAUUUUCACCUCGUAGCCUUUGAAUAUCAGCCUCUUCUUUAGCACUUCAGCCAGUGAGGACUGAGAUGAAAAUUUCCUUGCCAAAGCCUGAUAAUGGUUUCUCCAUCUCAUUCUUGCAGCUGUUUUGUGAAUGCCAUGCUGGUAUCCUGAGUUCCAGUUCUCUGUGCACUUCAGUCACUUGACAGAAGGAUCAAAUGGAGCUGUUUAUGCCAGAGAAGUGCUCAGCCUCUGGCUGUUCAUUGCUUACUCUUCAGGCCAUAAUUUGGAUUGCCAUCAAGCCCUCUCUUGUGACUUCUUAUGGGUCCAAAGCUGAGCUCAAUUCUCAAGAAUGAAAUUUGCUAAAAGAAUUAGCCAGUGGCUGUAGACACUUAGGCUUGUAACAAGUAGAACCUUCAGGAGACAUUUAAAUGCAGGAAACUUCCACCAGCCACAAGAGGCUCAUAUGACAUGCAGUUGCUGGGAUUUGCCAGCCUUUCCAUGCUAAAAAUCCUUAAAACAGCAGCUUUGAGGUGUUACCACCUGAACAAACAGUUCACCAGUUGUGUGCUGCCUUUCUUGUGCACAUGAGUAUGUUCAUGUUUGUGUGGGAGCCCUCAGGGUUCUACAGCCAUGAAGCUUUUGUGUUGCAAGUAAUUAAUGUGGGCUUUUGGUGUGAAAGAUGCAUAUAUUUUUUGAAGCAGAAGAAAAGAUGUUGAUUUACAUUACUGUUGUAUAUUUUGAUUUUUAUCAACAAAUGUUGAAAGCGUUAAAAGACUUUUUUUUAAAAAAAAGAAAGG